AUGAACCAAAAACAAGGCCGACGGAGGCGAUCCAGCAGUCUGAUCUACCAGGAACCUGCUGAGUCAAUCGAGCGCACAAGUGACCAGGCGGCUUUGCCAAACCUCAACGCAGAUUGGGUGAACGCCAAGGGUGCCUGGACCAUUCAUUUCGUCUGUAUCGCUGCCCUCAAGAUCUUCUACGACAUCAUCCCGGGCGUCUCACAGGAGACCUCGUGGACCCUCACCAACAUCAGCUACAUGUUCGGAUCCUUCCUCAUGUUUCACUGGGUGCGGGGCAUCCCAUUCGAAUUCAACGCCGGUGCCUACGAUAAUCUGAAUAUGUGGGAGCAGAUCGACAACGGUGACCAAUACACGCCCGCCAAGAAGUUCCUGCUCAGCGUCCCGGUUGUGCUCUUCCUCCUUAGCACUCACUACACCCACUACGACAUGACCUACUUUACCAUCAACUUCCUCGCCACAUUGGGAGUGGUUAUUCCUAAGCUGCCAUUUUGGCAUCGGUUGCGGAUAGGUCUAUUCUCCGAGAUACCCGAGGAGUCAUAG